UUUACACUAACCAACCCAGAUUCGCAUUUUGGGUGUGUGUUUAGUUUUAAUGUAAAUUCAGUUUUGUUUGCAUCCUUCCUUUUCGUGUAUGUCCUUUCUUUUCCUUUUUUAACUAGGUAGCACCAACUUUCUUACCACCUGGGUAGGAUUUGGCUAGAUUCCGGAAAGGGUACAUCGAAGGCGUCCGCCCGAUGUCCCUUGGCAGGGAGUUCCCAAGUCUUGGCUCACUAAAACCGAGUUGUCACAAACGCGGAGAAGCGAUUGUGUGACAUCCCUCGGGGAUGGUGUGAAAACGACGGAGACCGGAAUCCGGCGCCGCCUAGCGGGCCGCGCAGCCUCCAUCCAGCCUGCGAUCCCGGCUUGCUUUGUCCAACACGGGAAGGCGGAGCGCCGGCUCUGCUCUUCCGAUCCACCUCGCCUCUUCUUCCUCCUGCUCCUCCUUUUGCAAGCCGUCGGAGACGCAGGGAGGAGCCGGAGGUAGAGAAGCAGGAGGCGGAGGUGGAGGCGGAGGCAAGACCGGCCGGCGGACGCAUCUCUUCUUCCUCUCGGUCCCUUUGCGCUCCUCUCCGCCGCGGCGGCCCCUUCGCCAUCUCUCCACCGGGCGCGCCGUCCAGGCGCCGAGGUUUGCGCUCCUCUCCGCCGCGGCGGCCCCCUCUCCAUCUCUCCACCGGGCACGCCGUCCCCCGGAGGAGACACAAAGGGAGCCCGGAGAAGGAGCCUGGCUGCUCGGCCGGGCCGAGGCAAACCGGGGCAAGCGGUGGCCGCGGCUGGGGGCAGGUGGUGGCGCGCCAUGGCGGGCGCGUCGGGCGCGUCGUGCAGCCUGAAGGACGAGCUGCUAUGCUCCAUCUGCCUGAGCAUCUAUCAGGACCCGGUGAGCUUCGGCUGCGAGCACUACUUCUGCCGCCGCUGCAUCACGGAACACUGGAGCCGCCAGGAGGCGCAGGCGGCGCCGGCCCGCGACUGCCCCGAGUGCCGGCGCACGUUCGCUGAGCCGGCGCUGGCGCCCAGCCUCAAGCUGGCCAACAUCGUGGAGCGCUACGCCGCCUUCCCUCUCGACGCCAUCCUGCUCAGCGCGCAGCAGCGCGGCGCGUCCGCCUUCGCGUGCGCCAAGGAGCACGGCAAGGUCAAGCUCUUCUGUCUCACCGACCGCGCCGUCGUCUGCUUCUUCUGCGACGAGCCCGCCGUGCACGAGCAGCACCAGGUCACCAGCCUCGACGACGCCUUCGAGGAGCUCCAGAGGGAACUGAAGGAGCAGCUGCAGACUCUGCAGGACAGCGAGCGCGGCCACACAGAAGCCCUGGCUCUCCUAAAACGGCAGCUAGCCGAGACAAAGUCCUCCGCCAAGAGCCUGCGGGCCACGAUCGGGGAGGCGUUUGAGAGGCUGCACCGCCUCCUCCGCGAGCGCCAGAAGGCCAUGUUGGAGGAGCUGGAGGCAGACACGGCCCGGACUCUGACAGACAUCGAGCAGAAGAUCCAGCGCUACAGCCAGCAGCUCCGCAAAGUGCAGGAGGGCAGCCAGAUCCUCCAGGAGCGGCUGGCCGAGGCGGACAAGCACUCCUUCCUGGCUGGCAUUGCGUCCUUGUCCGAGAGGCUCAAGGGCAAGAUCCACGAAACGAACCUCACGUACGAGGACUUCCCCACCUCCAAGUACAUGGGGCCCUUGCAGUACACUAUCUGGAAAUCUCUUUUUCAGGACAUCCACCCAGUGCCUGCCACACUCACGCUGGACCCCUCCACGGCCCACCAGCGCCUCAUCCUCUCCGACGACUGCACCAUUGUGGCCUACGGCAACCUGCACCCACAGCCGCUGCAGGACUCCCCCAAGCGCUUUGACGUGGAGGUCUCGGUGCUGGGCUCGGAGGCCUUUGGUGGCGGGGUGCACUACUGGGAGGUGGUGGUCUCGGAGAAGACGCAGUGGAUGAUCGGCCUGGCGCACGAGGCCGUCACGCGCAAGGGCAGCAUCCAGAUCCAGCCCAGCCGCGGUUUCUACUGCAUUGUCAUGCACGACGGCAACCAGUACAGCGCUUGCACAGAGCCCUGGACCCGGCUGAACGUCAAGAGCAAGCUGGAGAAGGUGGGCGUCUUCUUGGACUACGACCGUGGCCUCCUGAUCUUCUACAACGCCGAUGACAUGUCCUGGCUCUACACGUUCCGGGAGCGCUUCCCGGGCAAGCUCUGCUCCUACUUCAGCCCGGGGCAGAGCCACGCCAACGGGAAGAAUGUGCAGCCGCUGCGGAUCAACACCGUCCGCAUUUAAGGGCUGCCAACGGGGUGGGGGGAACCGUCAGCGGCACGGCAUUGACUGUCGUGAGCUGUGGUGCCUGCUUUGCAGGGGGUUGGACUAGAUGACUCCUGGGGGUCCCUCCCAACUCUACCAUUCUAUGGUUCUGUUCUUGACCGGCAGAACACUGCGUGACAGGGGUGAACACGCAGGGUUCCUUGCUUGAGCUCCUGGAAGAGUGGGGCUUUUCAAUUAGGAACAGAAAACUGGUGCGAGGUCCCCCAGGGGAGGGGAGUCUGGAUUCUUGCUUGUGGCGUUUCUGGGUGCUGCCCCUCAACGCAGCUUGGUGGGCGGCUGGCAAUGGUGCAGUGAGGUGGGCCGUGGGCCAGCUGAGGAACGAGGCGCUUUUGUGAGGGAACAAAGCGCCAAACAUUUCUAUCCCGGCAAAGUCCGCAUGGCUCAGAUUCCAGGCCCACGGGCAGGUGCAUGUACCAGAAUGAAACCUCGCGGCCCCCACCGUCGGCUGGUUCAAGUGGUAACGGGUUUUCCUUUUAUGUCUGUAUGGACUUUUAUUAGUUGGUCUGAUUUCCUGUUUGGGGAGACUGGGAGGAAAAUUGUGGCCGGGGAGCACAGGGGAGGAAAGAAAGAAACGGUGAAAUAAAUGGAACGUUUGGACCCCAAACUUUGCUGGGUGUUUUGUGGGGCUGGUGUUGUUGUUGUUUGCAGUGUCAGGCUAGGACUAGGGGGACCUGGGUUCAAAUCUGUGCUCUGUUCUCUUCCCCAGCCAUGGGGCAAUCAUAAUCUCUCAGCGCGAGGGUUGUUGUGAGAUGGGAGAGUCUUGGGAUGAAUGCUGCCCUGAGAUCCUCGAAGCUGCCUUGGAGCGAGUCGGACCACUGAACCAGCCGGCCCAGUAUUGCCACUGGUUUCCCACCCCCCUGCAUUAAAGGAAAGCGUUGAGCUCAGGGCUGGGCAAGGCAAGUGACGGUCCAGUUCAGGGACUAUGGUCUUCCAGAGACUCCCAAGAACCAGAGAUUAUGGGAGUUGUCCCUUGCUAACAUUUGCACGGCCGAAGGUUCCUUGUCCCUCUGUUUAAAGAGCCCAUAGUUGCACUGGAGGCAGCUAGGGGCAGUGAAGGCAAGUGAGGGUCUACUUCAGGGAUGGAGAGCUUGUGGUUCUCAAGAAAUUGCUAGACUCCAGCUCCCAACAUCUGGGGGCCAUGACGCCCUCCUGCUGGAGUGUUGCUGCCCAGUGGUGGAGUGACCCCCACAAUUAACAAGCAAACACGGCUGCGGGAGGAAUGAUUCUGGCAAUGCUGAGCAGCUGCAAGCAGGAGGAGGCUGGUGCAAGUUUUCUGCACAGCUGAGACGUAGAGCUUGUGGGAUGCCGCAAGUACAACAUCCAGUGGAAGGCGAGAGGCGGGGAGACAGGGAAGGCUGGGUUUUGGCAUCACAUAGGACACCCCUGAAAUUUGAGGUGACAAACUGCGUUAGCCAAACUGUCCAGAGGAGGGUAGCAUUGCCUAAAUUUGUGCCAUAAGCAAACAGUUUAAUCUCAGUGAGUUGCGGGAGCUGCCUUUUCCUUUCGGCGAGGAAUCUAAAAUAUCUGCCCACGUUGAUUGCUUGGCUAGGCAUGUCCAAAUAGCGGUUUCAUCCUGUUUCAUCCUGAGGCGGCAGAAUGAUGGCUUUGGUAUGUUUCUCUAGGUCAGGGCUUUCCAGUUUGGCGCCUUCCGAAGGUUACUGAGCUGAAGCGACCCUCAUCGUCCCUGACCACUGGGCAUGCUGGCUGGCAGGGAUCUUGGGAGCUGGCAUCUGCCAAUGCCUGGAGGGCCACAGGUUCGUCCACACAACCCCAUCACAACUCUGCCUCCUUUACACACAGGGAUAUGGCAGCUGCGGCCCCUCGGCUGUUGCCAGAUUCCUUCUCUCACCUUUGCCGUCACUUGCCUUUACUGCCCCUAAUUCCCACCAUCGCUACUUUGCCUUCUUUUCAUGCACGGAUGCCAGCUCCCUUCAUCCCUGACCACCAGCCAUGCUGGUUCCUGAGGGUUGGAGUCCGACGACGGCCAGAGGUCAGUAGCCUGACUCUCCCUGCUCAAGUCGUUGCAGCAGCUGUAGAGAUCAUCGUCUUCAAUGGAUGCAAAAAGGGGAGAAAGCUCUGUGGUUGAACUGUGCAAAAUUCAGCAAGGCUGCCUUAUCUUGCAAAGGAUCUGAGUGGUUCAUGUCGGGUGCUUUGUGUUGAGCUGGGGAAGGCAGAGGGUUGGGGUGUUUUUUUCUGUUUGUGUUCUGUAAUUGCUAGAAGCAAUGUUGAUUGAUUUCAGCUCUCAGGGUUUCCGGGCAGGUUCCACCCCCCAGCCCUGCCUGGAGAUGUCAGGGGUUGAACAUCCUUUCCCUUAAAAACAAAGCCUGCUUCUAGUCCUCAUUGCUGCAAUUUGAGGGAUGACUUAAAUAGGAAUGGAGGAAAGUGCCUUAUGCCAAGUCAGGCCCUUAGGCUAGGGUUUCCUAAACUUGGCUCUCCAGCU